AUGCAGCUGUCUGUGCAGAGUGUGAUAAGCAUCAUUUUAUCUAUAAUCGGGAUACAUGGAAUCAUCAUAAACUCCGCCAUCCUCUCUGUGUACAUCAGACUCUGGAGAACGAGCAAUAGACUCGGAGCCAGUGACCCAAUCCUGCUCUCUAUGGCUCUCACCAAUCUCCUCCUGGUGUCUCAGUUGUUGCUGAGCGAUUACUUGUCUUUUUUUCACCCUGAAAUUAACACAGGAAUAUUAUAUUUGUUUUAUGUCCUGUUUGUCCUGUUCAAUAUGAGUUUGUGGAACACCGCCUGGCUCUCCAUCUGCUACUGUGUGAAACUCGUCACCGUUACCCACCGGAUCUUCCUCUGGGUGAAAAUGUGGUUUCCCUCUUCCAUCUCCAAACUCCUCAUAGGAUCAGCAAUAUGGUCAGUUCUGGUGAAAUUGCCCUUUAUAUGGACAGCACAGAUGAUGAUUCAACAAAAUACAAAUGUUACUGAUGGGUCAAUAGAUUUUUCAGAGAAGGUGAAUGUUCCAUUUAAAGUGAUGAACCUGCUGCUCAGUUACGUCCUGCCCUUUACCCUGACUGUCACCUGUAUUGGGCUCAGUGUGACGUCUCUCCUGCACCAUGUCUGGAGGAUUAGGCAGAACGUGUCCCAGGACAGCUCAUCCCCUCAGCUCCAGGCUCUUGUUCGGGCGGCUGUGACAAUGAUUCUACAUGUGGUGUUGGACCUGAACUUCCUGUUUAUACUUAUUUAUCCAUUUGCUGUGUCGUUCUAUAUGAGUCCUAUGGUACAAACAUUAUUCUGGGUUUAUUUCUUCUCAUAUCCAUCUGUAAAAGCUUUCAUACUAAUCAUUGGAAACCGCAUGUUAAGGAGAAGUCUCUUCAGAUGA